CCCCGUGCGAGGAGCACUCAUUCAAUUUGGGCGGUGGCCGGGGUGAGAGAUGAAGGCGGCUACGGCGGCGGCGAUGGAGUUCCUAAUGCAACCGAUCCGAGCGUGGGGGAGAGUGCAAUCCCAGUGGAUCUGCCUGCCAACGGCACGACGAGCGACAAGCGAGUAGACCCGCCAUGACCGCGGAUGGGCAAAUCCGCGAGCACGACUUGGUGGUUAAUCGGAGACGUUAGAGCUUGCUACAGGCAUCAGAAGUGUCGCCCGUGAAUAUGAACCUUCAAGCACCAGGAUGGGCUAAGAGGAUAAAGCUGGAGUGAAGAACACGAGGUCUUGCCGGUGCGAGUAUCCUGGAUUUAUAAGGCUGUUCAGAACAGAAGACAACGGGUGGUACAUUGCUGAGCAGAGGGAGCAGCACAACCACUCGUUAUCCUCUAAUUUUGGUGAGACGAUACACUGUCCUUCACACAAACAUAUUGAUGUGUAUAGCGGGAGCUUUUUUGGUUCCAUGCAGAAUAUUCCAUUCACCAAACGGUCGUUAAAGAGUUUGUGUGGGAGGAUAAGUCGAGAACAACCAGAUGAUGAUGUGCGGGCCAUUGAGGUGUUGCAGAGUUGGGAGCAAAGGAUCCAUAUUUCGUAUACCAUGUCCACGCAGAUGCGGAGGGUAGGAGAAAGAACUUAAUGUGGGCAAACGAAAACAGGAGACUGCAGUAUAAAAUUUUCGGAGAUGUAGUGACAUGUGAAACAACUUAUCGAACUAAUCUGUACAACAUGCCAUUUGGGCUUUUUGUGGGGGUGAACAACCAUUUCCAGAGCAUUAUCUUUGCUGGUGUGCUGGUAGUGGACGAGACUGAAGAAAGUUUCAUGUGGGCCUUCUCUGAAUUUCUCAGGAUGAUGGUAGGGGUGGCACCAAGGACAGUUCUGAUAGAUCAGAAUAAGGCAAUGGAGCUUGCGCUGAAUAGUAUCAUGCCAAACACAGCGCAUCGAUGGUGUAAAUGGCCUGUGUUGAAGAAAGCAAAGAAGACCCUCGGGCCACUGUACAGCAAGAAGAGUGAUUUCAGUCUGGAAUUCCAUAAAGUUGGGAACAGCAUGCUGACUGUAGAUGAAUUCGAGGAAGGGUGGCGCAUGCUGCUGGAGAAGGACAAACUACAAACACAUCCAUACAUGACUCGGCUCUUUGAGGCUGGGAGAAGUGGGCGAAGCCAUAUUUCAAAGGGCAGGCCAGUAAUAAAGGCCAGAUAAAUACAAGGGCCAUGUGUGAGCAGUUUGGCCACAUUUUGUAUGAGUGUGAAACAGGCGCGAAAGCCCGGGAAGGUCACAUGAGAAACAACAACACUAAACAUAUGGAGCUCAGGUUAGCAGAUUUCUCAUCCUGAUGAAAUAUGAAGUUUGGUGGUUAUUGAAAAGUGGUCGUGGGAUGUGUUAAAGGAUUUUAUCAGUGUAUCAGUUUAGUUUUUGUUGCAUGCUGGUGCCCAGUCGGUAGGAUCUCGCUAGUAGUCAGGCAGAA